UAUAGCAAAGGUGUUCCGUGACCCUAGGAGAGUACACACUCGGUCCUCACACUCUCCUAGUCAAUUAUAAAGAAGGCCAACAUGUUGAAACACGCCUGCCUGUUAGCUUUCGUCGCCUGUGUGUCUGCUCAGAUUUUCGGACACCAUGAUCGUCCUGAGCACUCAUCAGUUAUGUUCUAUUACGACCCGACGUCGCAUUAUCUAGUUGGACGGACUCACUCCAGCUGCUACUUCAUGAGUCUCGGCGAUGACAACCUUCAAACCAUUCACACACCUGUGGGAUUAGAGGCAGCAGAGAUGAGAAUGAUCACAAUGAUAAGUGGUAUAGAGGAUACAUUAAACUCGGCCGAUAUGGUAAAACACGGACACCUAAUUGAUAUAGUGUGUCGGCAUCACUCUCUCUACAAGGUCGGCAAUGUGGUGGCGCCUACCGUAUUUACCUAUCCAAUGGGCCGCACCACAACACCAGCACCUAAAGUAGUACCCACCACGACACCUGUCGGCGGCUCGCAGUAAACAAUGGUCGGAUACAUACAAAGAUGCACUCCACUGGGACGAAAUGAUCACACGUUAUGGCCAACCCGCUCUUAUGUUUCUUUUAUUGGAGCAAUAUCUUAAUUAUUUUGUGAUAGUAAAAAUAAUUGCA